AUGUUUUUCUUCACUUUAGGCAAAACUAAAAACGUGUUGCGUGGGACUGACUGCAUCACCAAUUUUCUUUUAAGCGUACUUGGCAUUAUCGACACCAGUAUUAGCGAUCAGGCACACAAAGAAUUCGAACUAUGGGCCAAACAUGAUCAAGCCGAAGAAGAUUUUUGUAUUAUCGAUGAAAAUGAUGAAGGCAGUCAAUAUGUUGAUUUACUAUUAAAUCCAGAACGUUAUACGGGUUAUAAAGGUGAAUCGGCACAUCGUGUCUGGAAUAGCAUCUAUAAGGAAAAUUGUUUUGGUGUACAAAAUCGUAGCAAUACAUUUUCUGAUUAUUUGGCUCAAAUCGAUUUACACAAAAUGUGUUUGGAACAGCGUGCCUUUUAUCGUAUUAUUUCCGGUCUACACACCAGUAUUAAUAUACAUUUAUGUUCGAAAUAUUUACUCUCGGAAACGAAAGAUUUCCUAUCACCUCAAGGUGUAUGGGGACAUAAUAUUCAGGAGUUCAAACGUAGAUUUAGUCCGGAGACAACGAAUGGUGAAGGACCACAUUGGUUGAGAAAUUUAUAUUUUAUCUAUUUGGUGGAAUUGAGGGCUUUGGAAAAGGCAGCACCCUAUCUGAGAAGGGAGAAUUUUUACACGGGCAUUGUUGAGGAGGAUCAGGAGACUAAAAUGGCCAUUAAUGAUUUGUUAUCCGUGAUAGAGUCAUUCCCAAAUCAUUUUGAUGAGAAUGCCUUGUUUUCGCACAGCCCUCAGGGUAUACGUUUUAAGUAUGAAUUUAAAGAGAAAUUUAGAAAUAUUUCUCGCAUUAUGGAUUGUGUUGGUUGUGAUAAGUGUAAAUUGUGGGGCAAAUUACAGACUCAGGGAUUGGGUACAGCUUUAAAAAUAUUAUAUUCAGAAAAAUUGAACAUUGCCACCGAAAGCGGUUUAUGGGAGAAACCACAUAUUGAAAUUGAUCCCAUUUUCCGAUUGAAGCGCAGCGAAAUUGUUGCAUUAUUCAAUGCAUUUGGAAGACUCUCUAAUAGUAUUUACGAAAUGGAAAACUUUAGAAAAUCUCUUAGAUAAUAAGAGUUACAGUGAUAGUAAAAGACAUUACCUUAGCCAAACCAUUUCCUUAGGCAUAGAAUACUUAAUUUAUCAGCCUGUUCCACGAUCUCGAAAGAAAAUUUGUGCGAACGAAGGCUACUCACUCACUUUCGCAUAAGAAUGCGUUCCACUAACUUUCGUUCUUUCUUUCGCAUAGCCUUACGUGAUUCAGUGUUGCAAAAUAUUUUUUGGCAAAAUUAAUCGCGAAAUAAGGCAAAAAAAGCGCCAAAUGUCUAAUUUAAACGCGAAAAAGCAGCAGUGGCUCUGUCUCAACUGACAGUUCAGUUGUAAACAAACAAAUUGUAAAUAAACAAACAAAAUAAAAUUUCUAGUGAUUGUGUUCAGAUUAUUUGUGUUCUUAAAAAAGAAAAAAAUGAAUAUUUCUGUGGCCCUGUUUUUUAUGGAUGAUGAGGAGGAGGUACAAAAUGUGCCACGGAGGCAUUUAAGAGAUGCUUCGAAUUUAUUUGAA